UGUCAAGCAGGCUGGGUGCUAGGUUUGGUGGUGUUUGGGAGCGCGAUGGCUGGGGGUGAAGGGACUUCAGGCACAGUGGAGGAGCUGGUGAAGGGGACGAGGCAGGCGGCCGAGUUCGCCGAGCAGUUCCGGGCUUACUCAGAGAGCGAGAAGCACUGGAAGGCCCGCAUGGAGUUCAUCCUGCGCCACCUGCUCGAUUACCAGGAAGGGCCCGACCGCGGCGGCCGCCUGGACCAGCUGCUGGCGCUGUCCAUGGUGUGGGCCAACCACCUCUUCCUGGGCUGCAGUUACAACAAAGAACUUUUAGACAAGGUAAUAGAAAUGGCUGAUGGGAUUGAAGUAGAAGAUCUGCCACAGUUUAAAACCAGAGAUGAAUUAAUGAAAAAGGUAAAUAUAGAAUAUUUCAGUAUUCAGUUUGAAUGAUGAUGUUGAAUUUAACUGUUCAAGUCUUUAUGAUGUCUGGAAUCACUUUUACAAAUUAAUAUGUUUGAGAAAGGAACAUACCCCCACCUUUUCUCCCUAUCCCUCUUCCUAUCCCUUUCUCUCUUUCUCUCCCUCUCCCCCCUCAAUGUCUCUAUCUCUGACUGUCUCUCCCUUUGUUUCUGUCUCUUUGUCUCUCAUUUUUAAUGCUCUUGUUCACUAUUCAAAAGGAUUAAGUUUCUGGAUUUUUAUUUCCCUGCCACUGGCAUUUUCCUACUAGAUCCAAGAAGUGGACCAGAGGACCACUGCUUUGAAGGCUAACAAGCAAAUAAUACCUCUUUUAUUUGUUUGAGAGCAUUUUGCUUUGAACUUUUGGAUUUAUUUAAUUGAGUAAAUGUUUGCUAAAAUGAUAGAAAAAAAUAGAAAGAGACCCUUCGUUUGGAAAAUUGUUAUUUACCCUAGGGUAGGCCAGAGUUGUGUUUGUUUGAUGGCAGGUGAGAAUAUAGAUGCAGUGUUAUAUACAAGUUCCAUAAUAGUUUGCUAUUCAUCAAGGUUGCACACAGGCAUGCAGGCUGAAUAUUUUUUUUUUUUUUGGUGAGGCAA